AUGCUAAUACUUCAUUCCAAAUGUCAACCGGAUGGCAACAUCACAAGUUUUCCUGGCUUACCUGGUGCUAAAGGACUUCCACCAGUUCCACAGAAACUACCAGGUGAGAGAGGACCACCUGGCCCAAUGGGUAUUCAAGGACCACAGGGACGGAGUGGAAACUUCGGUCCUGCUGGACCUCCUGGUGAUUCAGGGAUUUGGGGUCCAAAGGGUGAAAAAGGCAUGCCAGGUCUCCCUGGAAUACCAGGAAAUCCAGGCUUCCGUGGAGACCCUGGACAAAUGGGCCACCCUGGUCUACAAGGCGAAGAAGGGACGCGAGGGGGUCCUGGUUCAUCUGGUCCUAUCGGAAUGCCUGGCCGCAGUGUCAAUGUUGGCUACCUGCUGGUGAAGCACAGUCAGUCUGAGCAGAUUCCCAUGUGCCCUGUGGGCAUGUCCAAGUUAUGGGACGGUUACAGUCUUCUGUACUUUGAGGGACAGGAGAAGGCCCACAACCAAGAUCUUGGUCUAGCCGGGUCAUGUCUCCCCCGAUUUAACACCAUGCCCUUCCUAUACUGCAAUCCUGGAGACGUGUGCUACUAUGCCAGCCGCAAUGACAAAUCCUAUUGGCUGUCCACCACUGCACCAAUUCCCAUGAUGCCCGUGGAGGAGGCCGAAAUAAAACCAUACAUCAGCCGCUGCUCCGUGUGUGAAGCUCCAUCUGUGGCCAUCGCUGUACACAGUCAAGAUAUAACAAUCCCAAUGUGCCCAGCAGGCUGGAGAAGUCUCUGGAUUGGCUACUCCUUCCUUAUGCACACGGCAGCUGGAGAUGAAGGCGGCGGACAGUCUCUGGUGUCUCCAGGCUCCUGUCUAGAAGAUUUCCGCACCACUCCCUUCAUCGAGUGUAACGGGGCCAAGGGUACGUGCCACUACUUCGCCAACAAGCAGAGUUUCUGGUUGACAUCUAUCGAUCAGACCUUCCAGAGUUCCCCUUCCUCUGAGACACUGAAAGCCGGUCAGCUCUUGGCACGCAUCAGCCGCUGCCAAGUGUGUAUGAAGAACCUGUGAGCUGUUACCCAUCAACAUAUUUGACACUAUUGCAGCAAAGCAGCAUUAUAAUUAACUCGAGCAGAACGGGCCAUGCUAAUACUUCAUUCCAAAUGUCAACCGGAUGGCAACAUCACAAGUUAGGCUUUUAAAAUUACUUCAUGUAUUUAAUGUAUCACAUAUGAUGCC